AUGUACUGGAAUACAACCGCUUCAUCGCGUGCAGGCACUGGUACAUCAGGCACAGGUCCGAAUCAGUUAUCUUCGCCAACUGGAAUAUUCUUAGAUUCAAGUGAUAAUUUAUAUGUUGCUGAUAGUGGUAAUUAUCGUGUAUUGAAGUAUGCACCAGGUGUUACCAAUGGUAGUGUUGCGGCUGGUGCAACAAAUGUAUCCGGCACUGACUUGAAUUUAUUGUCUACAGGUAUUCGUUAUAUUUUUGUUGACUCGAGUCAAAACCUCUACGUCGCUGAUACUUUUAAUAAUCGUGUGAUGUUUUGGGCAAAUGGCAGUUCCUCUGGUACGAUAGCGAGUGGUAAUGGCACUUUUGGAACUUCGUUCAAUGAAAUAUAUUCUCCAUAUGGUAUAUGGGUAGAUUCGAGUUCGAAUGUAUACGUGGCGGAGUAUCAGAAUCAACGUGUAACUAAAUGGGCAUCAGGUGCAACAACAGGUGUUCUCGUUGCUGGUAAUACAAGCUCAGCAGGAAAUACAACAAACAAAUUAGCAUCACCGGCCGGUCUAGUAUAUGAUAAAGCAAAUCAAGAUUUAUAUAUUGCCAAUUCUGCUACCGCUACUUCAACAGUAAUGAAAUGGCACGUUGGCGAUCCGAAUGCUACAGUCAUAGCGGGUACUUCGGGAAGUCCAGGAAACAGCACAACUCAAUUAAACUCUCCAAUGGGAAUAGCGCUAGAUCAAUGGAAAAAUUUAUAUGUGGCUGAUCGUACGAAUAAUCGAGUUCAAUUGUUUUGCAAUGGUAAUACAACAGGUAUUACCAUUGCAGGAAGUGGUGCUGGUGGUACUACUUUGUCUGCUCCAUAUGAUGUCAAACUGGAUUCAAGACUUAAUUUAUAUGUCAGCCUAAAUAGUGGAGCUCGGAUACGACAGUUUAAUAAACUCUAA